AUUCAUGAAAAGUGUGACGUGAGCAGGUCUUCAGCGACCCGGUGACGCUGCCAGCCACCCACUCACAUCCCAGGUGCUGCGGGAGUUUAGAGGAAUGUCCGUCACUCUCCCCAGCCUCUGUCUCCCUUUCUCCCUUCCUUUCUUGCCGUUUGUCUCCAUCUUGACCGUCGGUUCAGCCUUUAUCCCCCCCGGCUUUUUUUUUUAUCCAUCCCUGCCUCAGAGCUGAGGGAGGACCAUGAAUCUGAGCUCUGUCUGCUGUGAGUAAUCUGCUGAUGCUGUGCUGUACAUCUGAGUGGAAGCUGUUUGAUGUGGAGGUGAUUUUCAACAUUCAGACCAACCAGUGUGUUAGGGCGCACCCCACUCAUUGACACUGGGUAGCCCAUGCACAUGCACGACACCAUGGGUAGCUCCCCCGAGGUGCUCUCAUGGACUUCCUGCCCCAGUCUGCUGGUGGGCAAGCUGAAGGAGGAGCUCAAACUUACCGUGGUUGGGGAUGCCAUGAAGAAAUCAAACUUGCCCAACUCCCAACCUCAGCCUCCUCAGGCCCCUCCAUCCAAUUUACCACCUCAGAUUAUCACAGACCUGGCUCCGCUGACACAACUGGCUGUUCCCCUGCAGACGCUGCAGAUGCCCGGCCAAGACGAAGACUCAAUGCUGGUGGGUAUAACUCCCCCAAACACAGCCUUGAGUGUGGACUCAACACGGAGCGAGGGUGGGCACUUUGACAACAGCGUACUCCAGCUGCAGGAGCAGGACCAUGAGGAAGUCGGAUCGCCAGUCUCUUGUGAGCAUGGCGGGUGUGGCAGUGGAAUGGAGGAGCAGAUGGGAGAAGGGGACUGCCCCAUACACCACAAUGUAGAGGGGAGGCAGAGCCACCCCCAUCACCCGGAUGACAUCAAGCUGCACUUCCACAGAGCAGGGCCUGGGUCAGGGGGGUUCUUAGAAGGGCUGUUUGGCUGUCUUCGGCCUGUCUGGAAUAUCAUAGGGAAGACGUACUCGACAGAAUACAAGCUACAACAGCAAGACAUGUGGGAGGUUCCAUUUGAGGAGAUUUCGGAGUUGCAGUGGCUUGGCAGCGGUGCUCAAGGAGCUGUCUUCUUGGGCAAGUUCCGCUCUGAGGAGGUGGCCAUCAAGAAGGUGCGUGAGCAGAAGGAGACAGACAUUAAACAUCUGCGAAAACUCAAGCAUCCUAAUAUCAUCAGCUUCAAAGGUGUGUGCACCCAGGCGCCCUGUUACUGCAUCAUCAUGGAGUACUGUGCCCAGGGCCAGCUGUAUGAGGUGCUGAGGGCGGGGAGGAAAGUGACCCCCAGGAUGCUGGUGGACUGGGCCUCAGGCAUCGCUAGCGGCAUGAACUACCUACACCUGCACAAGAUUAUCCACAGAGAUCUCAAGUCUCCCAAUGUUUUGGUGACCCACAACGACACUGUGAAAAUCUCCGACUUUGGAACGUCCAAAGAGCUCAGUGACAAAAGUACAAAGAUGUCAUUUGCAGGUACGGUGGCCUGGAUGGCCCCAGAAGUGAUAAGAAAUGAGCCUGUGUCUGAGAAGGUAGACAUCUGGUCAUUUGGAGUUGUGUUGUGGGAACUUCUGACCGGAGAGAUUCCCUACAAAGACGUGGACUCCUCUGCCAUCAUUUGGGGUGUUGGCAGCAACAGUCUUCACCUUCCUGUCCCCUCCACCUGCCCGGAUGGCUUCAAAAUACUCAUGAAACAAACAUGGCAAAGCAAGCCCAGGAAUAGGCCUUCGUUUCGUCAGAUCCUCCUACACCUCGACAUUGCCGCCGCUGAUGUCCUGGGAGCUCCUCAGGAGACCUACUUCAAGUCUCAGGCAGAAUGGAGGGAGGAAGUGAAGAAACAUUUUGAGAAGAUCAAAAGUGAAGGCACCUGUAUCCACAGGCUGGACGAGGAGCUGAUCCGACGCAGGCGGGAUGAACUCAGACACGCACUGGACAUCCGGGAGCACUAUGAGAGGAAGCUGGAGAGAGCCAACAACCUCUACAUGGAACUUAGUGCCAUCAUGCUGCAGCUUGAGGUCCGAGAAAAGGAACUAAUGAAGAGAGAGCAGGCAGUGGAGAAGAAAUAUCCCGGGACCUAUAAGCGCCACCUGGUCAGACCCAUUGUCCGGUCCAACGCUGUAGAGAAGCUCAUCAAGAAGAAAGGAAGCAUGUCGCACAAACCUGGGAUGCCCCCCACUAAAAGGCCAGACUUGCUACGUUCUGAUGGCAUCCCCAGCCUCGACCCUUUCCCCUCCCCCUCGCCUCUAUCAGCCAGCCCAAAGGUCUCCACGCCUCCUGGCAAAGCUCGCUACCGAAGCAAGCCUCGUCACCGCCGGGCCAACAGUAAAGGAAGCCAUAGCGAAUUCCCCGGGGUGCUGAAGCCUCUUGCUGGGGCAUUAGAGGACACCCAGUCUCUACAGGAGCAGCCGUUCCUCCAUCACCACCACCACCACCAUCCACCAACCGAGGGGCCCUUCCUCCCCUUGAAGGGCCGCGAGGAGGCCGUUGUCAACUGUGCCAACAACCUGCGCUAUUUCGGCCCUGCUGCCCCCCUCCGUAGCCCUCAGACAGACCACAUGCAGCGCCGCGUUUCUGGCUCCAGCCCUGACAUCAUAUCCACUGCUGUGGAUGCAGACACGCGACAGCGGACUUCAUCCACUAGCUCCAAUCCUGCAUCAGGUGCUGGUGCUGGUUCUUUGUGUCCCUGCUGCCAGGCUCACCCCUUCCCUGGCUGCUUACACUGUCAGGAGACCCCUCUUGCAUCAAGCCACCCAGAGUUGCCCCACUAUUCCCUGCUCAACACCCAGGAGAGCACCGCUUCUUCUUUAGGGGCUCCCAGCAAAGAUCCAGCCUCAGACAGAGAGGCCACAAAGAAGGCUCAGCAACAGGAACAAGAGGCAUCCCAACGCACUCACACCCUGCUCACUGCACUGCCUCGUACUCUAAGACCUCUCAGGAAGGGUGGCGAUGAGUCCUCUGAAGAGGAAGAAGGGGAGGUUGAUAGUGAAGUGGAGUUUCCAAGGAGACAGAGACCUCAUCGCUGUAUCAGCAGCUUCCAGUCCUACUCCACCUUUAGCUCAGAGAACCUGUCAGUGUCUGACGGAGAAGAGGGAAACACCAGCGACCACUCCCACAGCGGGCCCCUGGAGAGGAUGAGUACCAGUCAGGAGGAACACCUGGAUGAGCUGCUGUCGCACACACCGGAAAUCCCCAUCGACAUCUCCACCCAGUCAGACGGCCUCUCUGACAAGGAGUGCGCCGUCCGCAGGGUAAAGACCCAGAUCUCACUGGGUAAACUGUGCUCUGACGAACACAGCUAUGAGAAUCCACUACAGUUUAGGGAUUCAGACUGUGAUACGUCAGAAGCAGAGUGCUCCGAUGCCACCAUUAGGAACAACAAAAGCGGGGCUCCUUCCUCGUGGUAAAACCCACCCAGAGGAUCGGUUCUGUUUUUUCCUGGAGGCCAUCGUGUCCCACUCUGCCCUGCAGAAAAUACAGCAAUAAGAGGACGACAUUGUAAACAAAGCUUCCUAUAGCCAAGUCCCAUGCAAUCUCUCCCGGAACCUCUGCCAGAACUACCCUUCCCUUUAUAAACCCUCAUCCCCCCCCCAUCUCUAGCACAGUAUCCAGGCAACCCAUGGCAGGGAUUCCCUUUUGAAUGAUAAUGUACAGUAGAUAAUGUAACAUUUAUAAUUUAUUUUUGUCUGAGUAUUGAAGGAAAAUUCAGGACAUCUUUAAAUUCUCUGAUCUGAACAGAGAAAAACGGACUAUUUGAAACUGAGCAUGGGCUAAGUGUGUGUGUUGAUGAUGAUGAUGAUGAUGAUGAUGAGAAGGAGGAUGUGUUGAAGUGCUGAUGUGUGUCACUACAAGCCUGUUGAUCUGGCUAUCGUUGCUCUCAGCAUCUUACUGUUUUAGACCGAAAUCCCCAACCAACAAGGACCCCCUCUUACUAAAGUUGGAUCAACCUGCUUUAUCAUGAGGUGAUAGCGCAGAGCCCCAGCACCCUGCCUCACUGACUUCCAUCCCAUCCCCAACCUGGUGAGUUGGGGAACAGGGGGCUCUUGAAAGCAGUGUGAACACCAGCAUGAACAGCCUGCCUCGCAACCAGACUUCCUCCCUCCCUCCCUCCCUUAGAAACCACCACGUGUCUAGUCUUUCAUCGAGAUCCCCGCUGAACUUUUCCAAGCAUGCUUGUGUAGCUUGCAAAAUGCAAACGCUGCCAGAAGACUGCAUGAAGCAGACAAGCUAGCAGAGAAACAGAGCUGAAAACUCAGCUGACCGCUAAGGAGAAGAUAAAAAAGAGACUUCCUCUGUGAGCCAGCUCAUCCUUCUCCGUAACACGUCAUCAUCAAUCAGAUGUCAUGACCAGAGUUGUUUAGGGAGGUGUGUGUGUGUGUGUGGCCCUUUCCUCUCCAUUAGACAUUACAGUUUCAAGUCUCAUUGAUGUCUCUCAGGGUUGUUCGAGGACUGUAAGAAACUGGACUGGACCAAUUAUUAUAUAUAUACAUAAUAUGGACCAUACAAGAAUAUUAAAAAAGGUUUUACAGAUAGCCUUGAUGUUCAACCCUUUAUUUGUGUAACAGACAAUAAUGGUAUGUAGACACACAGGAUUUUACUUGCAAUCCAGGUGCAGUAUCCCAUUUCUUAAAAUCACGAGGUGCAUCGUCUCCCAUUUACAAUGUCUAGCAGGGUACUUUCUCUGUCUUAUCCGCAGUGUCCAAAAAUAAUAAUUGUUGUGCUGUAGUGAAUAAAACAGCAAUAAUGUAGGUUGGCGCUCAGGUGAGAAAGAUGUUGCUUGCUCAGGAUCCGGGGCAUCUAGCUUGCUACACGCAAUACAGUGGCUGGCUAGAGAAGAGCAGCAUGUCAAACAGCUUAUUAUAGAUGCUAUCUUUUUAAAUUUUAAAUUUAGGAACUCGUUUCUGGGGGAUUGAUGCUAAGGUUUUAUGUUGCCGAUUGGGAGCAGGAGCAAUAUGUCAACAGCCACUAGGUGGUGACAGUUACAAUGACUUUGCCUGGUGUUGUGGACAUGGACUGGCUCCUUUACUUUCUUUCUACCCAAGAUACAUUGGGCAUUUCCGCCUUUAAUGGAUAGGACAGCUCAGAUAUGAAAGGGGAGAGAGAGGGGGAAGACAUGCAGGAAACAGUCACAGGUCGGACCUUCUGCAUCGAGAAAUAAAGCUCAAUAUAUGUGUGCCUGCUCACCCAGCUGAUUUGUCCGGCCACGACCCAAGAUAAUUUCUGUUUCCCAUUACCAUCCACAUCCUAAAUCCCAGCAAUAUUACUAUUUUUGACUAGUUGUCUUUGAAUAGGGUUACUGCACCUGUGAGAGCUUUAUUUUGUAUCCCUACAAGAGUGUUUGUCAUCCAUCUUAAUGAUUCUGCGGUUAAAAAAAGUAGCCAGCCAGGGUUGAACUUAACAAUAAUGAUGUCAAGUGUGUGUAGAUGGCUGAGAUUCUAAGUUGGGAAUAAAAGCCAGAGACAAGGCCACAGAGCAAUAAAGCUGCUCUUGGUUUGCAACAACCUCAUCUCAGUGUUAGUUACUCCUGUACGUAAACAUCUGUAAAUGUAAUGUAAUCUGUUUUUGUCCUCUCUCUAUAACGUAUCACACAGCUCUGACAGAGCCUUCUGUCACUGAUGACCAGCGUGGUUGAAAAUAAGCAGGACGUUCUUUCAUCUGUAUGACAUCAGUAUUGACCACCGCAGGAGUGUGUGAGUCAUGAGAACCGAGUAUCACAAGGUGAAUCGAAAACUGUACCGAUGGAUCAAUUACUCUUUUGCUUGAAAGCUCUGGAAGCGCUUACACCCGGUUCUGAAAGCAGCGGUUGCCUUUUCUCGAGCCUCCUUCAACCUUCUUCACCCUGUUUAUGUAUGUGUGAAAUAACCUAGUAUAUUGUAAUGACUGGGUAAUCCGAUCAAGCUGUUAAUAGGUCGUCUUAUUGGCAUAUUAUCCUAUGAAAUAUAUGAUUGUUGUAAAGUUUUAAUUCAAUUUUGAUUCUUUUUUCUUUUCUUUUUUUUUUGUAGCUGGCCUACAUGAUUAUUUAAUUAAUUUAUUAUGAAUGACUGGUAAGGUUUGUGUUCUUUUUAAUUUCGGGCAGCUUUAGAAAAGUUAUUACCUAUGAUUUUUCCUGAAAGUAUUAUUUAAAGGAAGCACAAUAAAUUGGUAUCAGAAGAGAACAGUAUUUGUAUGGGAGAACAAAAGCAUUGUCAUAUCAUGGGCAUCAUUUUGGUUUUUGUGACCCUGCGGGGAACUAUUCAUCAUUUAGAUGAUGAAGUAUUGAUUUUUCAUCAGUAAUUAACAGCAUCAGGCAUUCCUAAAGUUUUUUAGGCUAUAGGGAAUCAAUUCUAAUACAAACAAAAGCCAGUCCGUGGACUCUCACAGGAGGGUAAAUGAGACGUUAAGCCUGAAGGCAUGUGUGAUGCCGACUUCUGUUUUUCUGCAGAGAUCCCUGUCUCUCAUUUUUAUUCAAAAUACCAGUGACUUACAUCUGAAUUUCUGUGAAAUUGUCUCUAACUGUAGACAUCAUGUUGCCUCAUCCCAUGUAUUUAACAUCUGUUUCUUUGUUACUCUAAUUUCCAACUCCCUUUUUUCCAUUGAAUGGCAUUAUGAUCAACCAAUCCUGUCUGUUUCCUGUAUUAUCCAGUGUACAGUGGGUAUCUGGGAAUAAAAUCAGAGCAAACAACUGCAUGGAAUAAAUGCUGAUGUACUGUACCCAA